AUGGGCAAUCGGGAUCCUAUCUGGUUUGGCGGCCGUGAUACUGGCGGUGGAUGCGUGGUGCCGGCAUGUGGUGACUCGGGCUCAUGCUCGUAUGAUCGCUUCCUGCCCACGAUGAUGGAUCUGGAUGGCCUCUUCGAUGCCGCCGCACAAUGGGCUGCGUACUUUGUGCUAAUGGCGAACUCAAACUGA